ACACACGCCAGUACCGUGCGUCGUCUAGCCGCAUACAAAGCGCGUGCUACAACACAUCGACCGUGUGCAUACAUAUGUACGUUCGAAUGCAGGGUUGCCGGUUCAGGAUUUUCCUUCAAAUUUAAAGGCUGUUUUCUAUUUCAAAGAUGAAGUCGAUAGUCUCCGAAGGAAAAGGGUCUCGAGUUACGUACAAUCGAGUUAUCGACGAAACUCUUCGACCUAUUAAAAUGCUAUUCGUUAGGACAAAAUUGUACUUUAUUUUUGAUCAAUGAAUCGGAGCAAUUAACGAGGGAUAAUAGCCAAAACGUCAGAAGUAUCGUCUCGACGACGAGAUACCUCGCAAAAGAAGGAAAAUGUCAUCGGCGGAGCGCAUACCGUUACAAAAGUAAACAGGACCGAGUGUCUCCCCGUAUCUUGCUCCGGUUUCCAACGUUCGCGCGCACCUCCUUUCGCGCCGAGUAAGGAAUCGAACGUUGGUUAAACUUUCAAAUCGUUCGUCUAAAUUUUGCGUCAGUGUUGCGUCAAAGUGCUCGAAAUUCCUUCGAACUCGAUGAGACACGAGAGAACGGUAUUAUUUUCGAGGAGAAAAAGAAAACAAGCAAACGAGUUAAAAUAUUAACGGAUCAGAACCGUCGGAGUAGGGGAAAGAGAACCAUUCGUACGUACCUGAGCGCGUCGCGGAACCGGCGCGGAGGCGGUUCGCCGUUCAGUCGUGCCGCGACCACGGAGCGGUGAUUUUCCGCGGUGUUUCCUUUUUACGCGAUUUUUACCGAGAAAAGAUAUCCAGGACGGUUUCACCCUGUAGCAAGCCACCGCAGGAGGGAUAUGCGACGAUGCGUUUGAUUUGACGUUUUGCGUAAAAUAGUGCGCGCGCGCGUGUGUGAGAGAGAGAGAGAGAGGGAGAGAGAGGGGAGGGAGAGAGAGAGAGAGAGAGAGGAAGAGACGAACGUAAAAAGAAGAUCCGGGAAACUCAUUCGUGCGGAAUCGUCGUAUCUCUCUCGCGUAUGCACGUCCGGCCAUUCGGUAGUACGCGAUAAGUGAAAAGUGCGACGAUCGUAAACAAAAGCGUUGACUCUGAUACACGGUAAAAGGCAGGAAAGAGAGAAUCUCGUGACACAUAUACGUAUACAGAUGCACGUUGCAUACACGGAUUUGGAGUAAAGAGGAAGGAAAAGGCAAGUCGAUCGACAGCGAGUGAGCGAAAAGAAAGUAGAAGGAGCCGAGAGGCUGUAACGCGUUUCGUCGCUGGACGAUCGGUCGUCAGAUCUGGAUCUGGCGCGUUUUGCCGGUGCGCCACGCCGCGGGCCUCGUUUCUCUCUCUCUCUCUCCUCUCAUUCUCUCUCUCCUCUCUCUCUCUCCCCCUUUCUCUCUGCAAGUAACAGUACUUCCUCGCGCUCCACGGAGUAAGCCUCUCUCCGAAGAACGGGACCCAACGCUGCCGUGUCCGCUCACCAUACCUCUCGUCGCGCCUCCCUCUCGACUCCCUUGUGCCUCCCUCGCACCUCCCUCGCGGUCGCAACGAAGCAGUCCGGCUGGUCGGGUCGAGAGGUUUCACGUAAAACCAGUCCUCUACCCUUUCCCUCCCUACUCCUAUUUCUCCUUCGAACGAACCGCGAGUUACUACUCCCUCCUUUACCGACGCACGAGGACCUUUCGUCAACUGGCACCUGCCGACCGACUCCUCGAACCUCGUCUUCCUCUCGAUAGUCUUACGAACACCCUUUCCUUUUUCUUAUCGAUCCUUCUCCGUUUAAAACGAAACGAGGAUAUACACGUUCCCAUGCGACUUUGAAAGACGUAACGAUCAUCAAACAUUUCUAAUCUUUCCGAAUCGUAAAGAGAAAGACGAUAUCGUUUGUUUCUCGAGUAUCGCGGACGUAAAAGCGGAAAGAAAGGGAUAUCAUCGUGUCGCGAUGGAAUUUGUUUGAUCGAGAAAAGAAAGUGGCCUUAGUUUCCGAGAUCAUCGUCAUGGAUGCAACGCGACUUUGUCACACGGCUUUCCGCAUUUUCAAAGGAGAGUGAGAAAAGGAGGAUCGAAGGGAGGGGAGUGAGUGAAAGAUAGAGGGAGAGAGAGAGAGCGCUCGAGACGCAGCGGCGCGCGUAAAAUGAGCGAGAGACGUCCGAGACGUUUAGAGCCGUUGUAACAACGAGAACGGCACGAGUAGAGUGUAAAAAGGGGCCUCGUCUGUUGGCCGGCCGAGCGGUGAAGGCGUAAGCGUAAGCGAGUUCGCCAAGGAGAGAAAGGAGGGAAGUUUACGCGGCCACUUUGAGUCCCUCUCUCGCCAUAACUAACCUCCUCGAGUGGCUCACGAAGCUUUCUCAUUGUCAGUCGGAGCUAGCGUAAAGUUCGAAGAAACGUGCGCGCGUUUCCCACUUUUGAUAUGACCGCAAAGGGACAGAGAUGAAUGUCCAUUGUAUCGGUGCGUGAAACGAUAUCGUUUGCCUCGUUUUUUCAAAGAUAAUAUACUUUUUUCUUUACGAUCGAGAAAGAAACGAUCGAUAUUCGUGCUUCGCUGGACAAACCGACGAUUCGUAGCGCGCGCGCGCUUCCUUGCCGAUCCUCGCUGGUUUGUGUUUUCAUUCGUUUGUCGAAGCUGUGCACACGCGCCAAACUCGCGAUCUAGUCGUUAGAUCGAGGAAAGUGAUACGGCUCGCGAGUGUGGAGUGAAAGAGACGCUUUCCGCCUUUCUCUCUCUCUCUCUCUCUCUCUCUCUCUCUCUGUGUGUGUGUGUGCUUGAGAAGAUCGAUCAGUGGCGGCGUAUCGUCCAAGAGAAGAAGAUUCCUCUUCCGUUUGAACGAGAAAGAAUAAGACGAACCACGAGCCAUGAAGACCAUAAGGGCAAGUACUUUCAGAUAACGAACAAAGACUUUUGACCGGUCUUUUAAAUCGUCUUCUUCCCGUUGAAACUGUCACGACACUCCGACAACAUCAUUCGUCCCUGGAUGGAUCUUUUUGAUUCUGCCAAGAGCCCAAUAGAGCGGUGCAGCAGUUUCGACGAAACAUCGAUGGACAGCUGCCCGUUGGUGACGGUAACGGAAGAUAGGGUAAACGAUUUUUCAGAGGAAGUGGUAAAGGACGGAAAUGAUGUGGAAGUGACAUCAUUGGAGGAAGCGAAAACAGUGAUAGCAGCGCUUAGAGCGAAACAGAGGGCACAGGCACAUCAAAUGCUAGCUUGGCGGAGGACGCUCAAAUUGCAGGAGGAACUCGUGGCGCGGCUGACGAGAGAGAAGGCCGAACAAUUGUGCACGUUGUCUUCCCAAUUAUUUCUCUUCGAAUCGCGACUUUGUCGGAAACAGAAGGAAAUCGAGGCAAGCCUGGUGCAACGGGAAUCGAUUAUUCUCAGGCAACAAAGAGUGAUACGGCAAUUGCAAAGCAGAUUGGCGGAAAGGAGUGGUACAGGUACGAGAGACUCUCCGCCAUGCGACGCUCUCGACAGACUGGACAGCCUCGGAGACAGCGAUAGCGCCGUCGUACUCGAGGAGGCCGCGGACGACCCUGCACCGCCGAGAUUUCGUUCGAACAUCACGGACGUAACAGUUAUACGAUCGGUAUCGGAUGCGGUCGAGCCAUCCAGCAAAUAUUCAUCGAUGCGAAGAUGCAACGGUUUUCUACGUAGACCGGAGAUCUUGGAAACCGUGUAUUCGGUAGAAGAGGAUGGCGACAGUGAAAGCAACCAGGAACCAUCCGAAUCUACAGAAAAUUACGAGUGCGAUGAGAGGCGGACGAAGAACUUGGGAAAUGGGAAGGGCAGACUGCAGGAGCUUUACGGUAGCUUCGAGAGACUAGCGCAGGAAGCUGAUUCUCUGGAAAGUGAAAGACCGAGAGGAGACGAGAGCCAACAAGCGCAGGUGACGUACAAUAGAGUAAUGAGUAAUCACAGGUCGGUGACAAAGCCAAAAGACGUAAAAUAUAAAAGGAUAAAUAAGGCAAAAUCGAAGAGUUUGGAGGAGCUCAGAGGAAGACUGAGAAAUUGGGUAGAAAAAGGAAAUAAAAUAGCUAUAUCGUUAGAUCAAUCCUACGCUUGAACUUGUUCCAUGAAAGUAUUUAAAUUAUUUUUGCGAAGAAUUAUAAAUUAUUAUCACCGUCGAUAGCUCGUUCGGUCCUACGAAAUCUAUGGUAAUUUUUUCCUUCUUAGGCAGCAGCGCGCUAAACUGCAUUCGAUCGAAAUUUCAUCCUUCCAUGUGAUAUUUACUCUAGUAUGAUGAUACCGUGCAUGGGUAUGCCGAUAAAAUUGACGAAUUCGGGAGGGAGAGGGUGUGUGUGCGUGCGUGCGUGCGUGCGUGCGUGUGUGUAUGUGUGCGAAGGACCGCUUUAAAGACAUAUGUGAUACGAAUAGACAUGACCGUCGCGUUGGGAGUGUCUUAUAUUAUUAUAUGCGAAACUCUAUUAUUUAACUAAUGAAAGUUCGACUCUCGACAAAAGAACGAUCGUUCUGAUAUAUACAAUUUCUAACAACUAAAUUCCCCCUCUCCUGUCUUCCUAAACACCGUUCUUGUAAUAAGUUCAGGCGCAUUAAUAUGCGCCAUUGCAUGUUUUUCGUUGCCGAUUUUAUAUCUUGUCACAAUAACAAAUCGAUUCGAGCUUAUUUAUCUAAAAAAUUUAUUAAACUGUUUUCAAAUGAAAAUGUUAUCUCGAGAUGUAAAACAACUUCUUGUUCUCUUUACUACUUUGCUACUAAUGAGUCGCAUUUAAAUACGAUUUGUUCCAAGGCAUUAAGUAUGAUAUUGCAAGGCGUUAUGUAUCAUCAUAAGUCGUAAAUCGAACGUCUUUGUCAAUUAAAAAUAUUACUGUGCAAUCAAUUAAACGAAAAAAAAUGUUUAAUCGAAGGGCCUUUAAUUUUUUAAAAGAGGCUUACUUUUAAGAUGAGCGAUAUGCCUCUUUGUUAUUAUCUCAUCCUAUAAAAUUAGUACUGGUGGUGACUAUAACGUUAACUUUAUAUACAUAUUAUAAAAAUGAACGAGUGUACUAUAUCUGUAAUACGAAAGUAAUUCCUACCGACUCUGAGAAUUCGCACUUUUUCGUUAAAUAUCGUUACACUAAUCAUACAUGCCAGAUACAUGAUGUUACGUCUUUCCGCUUACGUUUCGAAAUAUCAAAUUCAAAAUGUAUCUUUGAUACGAUUAAUUUUCCAUCUCACUACUAUCGAUAUGUACGUCUUUUGCGAAUUUUAUUCUCUUCGUUAAUAAGUAGUCUUACCAAUCUGUAAAAUUUACACCCAUGAUUCAGUAACAUUGCGUAUAAUUUACAAACUACUUCUGCUUAAUUUGAACGAUUGCAUACUUGGUAAUUUCAUCACUUUGUGACACGUAUUCUGCAAUUCUUGAAAUGCAUUAUUCAAGCCUGUAUUUGCUUGGCUGUUUCAGUAUUUUGGAAUUUUAUAAAAACGCUACGUCGUUUCUAUCUGGAUGACUAAUAUAAAAGUUGCCUUAGACUUUUUCUCAUUUGCGCGCAAUUACCAGAUAUGUAAAUAUAUUUGUAUGACUAUGUCAGGCUUGUAACUCUUGAAUCUUUUCUAUUUCCUCGUAAUAUAACUGAAAAAGAUCAAUCGAUUUUACGUCAUUUUAACAAAACUUAAAUAUGAUGCGUCAAAUUUAUCAAGAUAUUUCGUACUUUACUUCAUUCUCAUACUUUACACGAUAAGGGUACAAAAAAGCUUCUGACAAUCUGCGCUUUGAAGAAAAUACACGAUAUCUCGCUGUUCGCUUGUACAUAAUUAUGAACGUAUUAUUAAUUUAACAUAUUAAUGUCACUUUCGAUGUUAUGUAUAUAAGUAUAUUCUUCAAUCCUUUAAUAAUAUAAAUUUGAGUUUUAUGUUCCUGUUGGCUAACUACUAGCCACUCAAAAGUAUAAUCCCGCUCGCACAGCUGUAUCGUUAUUAUUGAUGUUAUUAAAGUUAUUAAAUUAC